AUGGAAAACCAGACCACAUCCUUGGACAUAGAACUAGGAAUCGUUGGCUCUACUAGUGUCCCAACUGAAGCGUCUCUUCGUGAGCUCUUUACAAGUCAAAUCAGCAGGAGAGUUGCUCAAUUUCGAAAGUUUUCGAAGAACUUCAAAUCCCCCCAAGACAGCAAAAAGAAAGUCCAAAUUGAGGAUUACCGGAGAGGAUACCCUCGAUUUUCGGCACUCAUGGCAUCACACGGGUCUUUCCAUGUUUUCCGCCGUUUCACACACCUACGCGUCAGGCUGCUGCUAAUGAAGCAGAACAAGCUAAGUAUAUUGGAGAAGAAACUUGACAAGAUCGAUCAUGAUGAACCGUCCCCGAUGUUCUUGGCAUCUCACAACAUGGACCAGAGUGCAGAGCGUGCAGCGGUGCUCUCGGAAAUCGAGGAAGCUCUAGUGGUAUACGGUUCUUUUAAAAUCCAAGCCCGAAAUCUCGAAAAUUGGCUUGAAGGCAACCCCUGUAUUGCUAGGGAAGAAACAAAGUUUCUAAGUCGCGAAGAAGAUUUGCUUACCGUUGCCGCUGUUGAUGACGGCGUGCUUCACUGGUUGGAGCAUAUGGUAUCAACUGUCCUGACCUCCUUUGACAAGUGGCGUCGGGAAAAUAAGUCGGAUGAUUCUUUGGUGCAUGUCUUCCCUCAAAACUUUACCGACAAGGCGACCCGUGUGCUCCUGACACCUUUAGUUAUCUUUUUAUUAUUGACGCCUGUUGUGAUAUGCAACGCAAUGAGUAAUUCAACCAGUAGAGUAAUAAUCCUGGUGAUGGCGGCAAUUGCAUUUAUCACUGCACUCUCUCUCUCAACAAAGUCGAAGCCAAUUGACCUGAUUACGUGUAGCGCGACGUAG